CUCUCUCUCUCUCUCUCUCUCUUUCUCCCUUUCUUUCCUUUCUCUUUUCGACUAGUUUCUCUUUCAUGGCGAUAAACCACAAUCAUCUCGAAACCAACGGUAUGUUCUUUUCUCUUUGCCGAUAAGCACAACACACAUCACCACCAGACAUCACAUUUGUGACAUAUGUGCUGUCACGACGGGCACGUCAAGCACACCGAGGCAAACGGGAUCCCCGCCGAGAACGGACAACCCAAACUGUCGUCGUCGUUGGGCUAUGGGUUUGUUUCGCGCGUGACGUCUUAUCCGAUUGUGCAGGACGGCUUCUCGACAGUCAAAGCAUAUGCAGGAAAAUCCAAAGUGGCGACGUUUGCGAUUGAUAAAGCCAACAACACCCUGAGCACCGUCAGCAGCUACCAGCCAAAGUACGUUCAGACGUACUAUGAAACUUACGUCCAGCCGCACGUACAACGCGCCGACGACCUUGGCUGCAAAUCGCUUGAUUUGAUUCAGAACCACUUCCCCGUUGUCAACCAGCCCACUGCUGAGAUUGUGAGUGCCGUCAAGGCACCUCCUCGGGACAUCAUUACCGGUGUACGCCAGCGAUUGACCACCCCUGCACAGGCUGCUGCUCGUGCUGCCAACGACCGCAUCACUACCGUCGUCGACACAAUGGAACACACCAUCGACCGCUACUUACCCGCCCCUCAAAACACCAAGCGCAAAUCGUUCGAUAAGAACAAUACAACAACAGCAAAUGCAAGCCACGCUGUGCGUGUCUAUCAGCUGUUGCACGAGGCAUCGUCGCGUGUGGGUCAACUAGUCAUCGAAAACACACCUCGUUCCCGCGAUGACCUUGCCAAUCUGUCGAUUGUCCAGACGGCCACGAACCAGUUGCAGUUUAUCCAAGAGACGCUGCGGCACUCGAUCACAGUGUAUUCGCAGGCCGCCCAGCAGCGUGUUCCCGCAGCGGUCACUGAACGGUUCCAUCAGCUACACGGCACGUUGACAUCACAGCUCAACCAGCUCGCCGGAUUUGUCAAGACACGAACUGAAUUGCCCGACUGGCUCAAAUCACGUCUGCAAACUCUGGCCGAUACCGCCACCGCCCAGUACAGCUUUGCAAAGAAGGAGUACGCUCGAUCUGAUAUUACGACGUAUGACAAGGCUAAGAACGUGACCCAGAACUUGCAAGCUCAGCUGUUGCCGCUUUUGCAGAACGUCCACUUGCAGGUUCGGGGUUAUGCCGAAUCCGCUCGCCAAAAAGCUGAGAAGGAUCUCGGCCCGUACGUCCCCUUCGGCAACAACAAGAUCGCUGCUUCCACCGACGAUGCCACCACCGCUUCCCAACAGUAAAGUUUGCCAUUAUCGACGCCGUCGUCUUUGACUUGACUGACUUUUACGCUACUUCUCCACUCCUUAUCACACUCUAAAUGCCUCUUUAUCUCUCUCUCUCUCUUUGCUACUCUAACUCUGUUCUUAUAGCUUCUUCUUCUUUUACGUCUUUCUCUUAUCUUUCUCUCUAUUAUAUCCCAAAUAGCUUGCAAAUCUCAUACCUUUUAAAGUUAACCGUAUACAAUAAAGUCUC